UAAAGAAUGGGCUGUCACAAGUUUCAAAUGCGUGUGAAGUACUGAAUACUUCUGGCAAAAUAGUGUAUCUAACAAUCAAAUAUCUAAUAUACUCACACAUCUAAUAUACUAAAUAUCUAAUAUAAUUGGUAGUGAAUUAAAUAUCAUCAUUCAUAGUUUAUUAGCUUUUUAAAAUGUAGUUUUACAUAUUAUCUGUUUCAAACUUCAUAAAAAUGAAGUACUGCUUUAUGUAUCGUGUACAUGAUGUGAUGUUUCUGCUGUAUCGUCCAGCCUUCAAUUCUCUGUUUACUCUGCCCCAGUGUCCUUAAUGACGACCACACACAUACGCACACACCCCCUUCUCCAGAUGGAUGUCCUGUGUAAAUUCGGCAGCCCCUCCCUCCUCCCCUCGUAUUUAAGCGCUGAGGCUGUGUGUAGGUUCUCACACCUGCAGUGAUGUGGAUCAGGUGGUGUUCCUGAGCUGCUCUGCUGGAGAAGAUGCUCCUGGUUCCUCUGCUCCUGUGUGUGUUGCUGUGUGUAGGUGCGUGCUGUGCGGAGUGUGCGGUGGGUUGCCAGUGUAUGGAGGAUACACACAGCGUCAGAUGUGUUUCAGCGUCUCUGAGCCGCAUCCCCCCUGCUCUGCCCAAAAACACCCUCAGCCUGGUCAUCAGAGGAGACCAGAUCCACCAGAUCCACCAGAACUGCUUCAACGGAAUGGAGAACAUCAGUACCCUAGAGCUCACCAACAACGGAAUAAUGGAGUUGGGUUCUCACGCGUUCUCUGAGCUGCGUGUGCUGCGCAGACUGGACCUGAGUGAAAACCGCCUGGUUCUGAUCCACCCUGAGGCGUUCUCUAUCCCGGGCAGCCCUCUGCAGCAGCUCAUCCUGAGCGGGUCGCUCUAUAAUUCCACCUCUGUCACCGACCUGAUCACCGCGCUCCGCUGGGGGGCGCUAUCCAGCUUGCUGGAGCUGGACCUGUCAGGGAACCGGCUGGUUCUCUUGCCCCCGGGCUCGUUUUCGCCGCUGCCUAGUCUGCGGGAUCUCAGCCUGGCCAACAACUCGCUGGUGGCCGUCUACAGCGGGACAUUCUCUGGGCUGGAGCGGCUGCGGGACCUGGACUUGCGCUUUAACGCGUUUCGGGCUGUCAGCUCGGAGGCUUUGAGGGAGUUGGAGAAACUGGGCCAGGCCCGGGUGCUCCUGGGCCAGAACCCCUACAGCUGCUCCUGCGAGGCUCAGGAGUUCUCCCGCUGGAUAAACAGCUCGAGUUCACAGGUUGGAGACGCUGAUAAGCUGCUGUGCGGGUCUCCGGAUGAACUGCAGGGGGUCCCGGUGAGGAUGCUGAGCUCACGCUCCCCGGGCUGCUACGGAAAGGCUAACGCAGGGGAGGCGGACGUGACCCUGCAGACGUCCUACGUGUUCCUGGGCCUGGUGCUCGGCUUCGUGGGCAUGAUCUUCCUGCUGGUGAUCUAUCUGAACCGCAGGGACAUAGAGAAGUGGGUAACGGACCUCCACGCCGCCUGCAGAGAUGUGCUGGAGGGCUAUCACUACCGCUACGAGCUUGACUCGGACCCCAGACUCAGAAACCUCUCCGCUAACAGCCAGCAUCAUCUCCGCAGCGAACCACUCCCACCGCACGCCUCGUCUGACGCCCGCACCACUCAGAUCCCCUCUGACGUCACACUGUAGUAGAACUCAAACCCAGAGUUCAGUCACAUUUCUCAUUUA